UUCCAAAUUCCCAUUUACUAUUUCCUUCUCUGUCACCUAUUUCGCUUGCUGUUUCGGCGAUCGCAUCUCAAAUAUGGCCGCUGCGAGGGUUCUCCUCCGCCGAGGAUCCGCUGUCGCGCGCGGCCUCCUCCCUACCAACGGCCCGCCGGCCACCGCUGCCGCCUCCUCUGCAGCGCUUUUUCUCCAGGCUCAGCCCCACUCCUCCCAGACCGACUCGGCGGCGGCCGCGGCUAAGCCCAAGCGCACCAAGACCUUCUCCAUCUACCGAUGGAACCCCGAUCAUCCGGAGAAGCCGCAACUCCAGCACUACGAGAUUGACCUUGGCGAGUGCGGCCCCAUGGUCCUGGACGCCCUCAUCAAGAUCAAGAACGAGAUGGACCCCUCCCUCACCUUCCGCCGUUCCUGCCGCGAGGGCAUCUGUGGAUCCUGCGCCAUGAACAUCGACGGUGACAACGGCCUCGCUUGCCUAACCAAGAUCCCGGCCUCCUCGGCGGCCACGACGAUCACGCCCUUGCCGCACAUGUACGUGAUCAAGGACCUAGUGGUGGACAUGACCAACUUCUACAACCAGUACAAGAGCGUGGAGCCAUGGCUCAAGAGGAAGGACCCGCCGCCCACCCCCCCGAAGGAGAUCCCACAGAGCAAGAAGGACCGCGCGAAGCUCGAUGGGAUGUACGAGUGUAUUCUUUGCGCCUGUUGCAGCACCUCCUGCCCUAGUUAUUGGUGGAAUCCUGAGGCCUAUCUUGGGCCAGCUGCCCUCCUCCAUGCUCACAGGUGGAUACAGGACAGCCGGGAUCAGUACACAAAGGAGCGCCUGGACGCUGUAAAUGAUGAGUUCAAACUGUACCGUUGCCACACUAUCAUGAACUGUGCUCAUGCCUGCCCCAAGGGACUGAACCCCGCGAAGCAAAUUGAAUCGAUCAAAAAGCUUCAGCUUCAGUAAAUUGUUCCUGAGAUUUCAUUUGUUACUUUGAAGAGGCAGCAUCUGGCAUUUAGUUAUUUAUUUUUGCAUCAAUAACAUUCACGGAUUAGUUAUGUACUUGGAACUCCUAGUUUCCAAUUGUGCUCAAGAAUAAUGAGCUGAAACUUGUUGAUUUUGGGAAGAUAUCAUUGUAGCAGCAAUUUCUAUGUUCGAGGUUGAUGUGACUAGUUGCUUAAAAUGUCUGAUGGACUGCUGUUUGAUAUGAAUUACGUUGGUGAUUGAA